GUGUAAGGAUAGCAGGAAUCUGGGGUGCCAAACCGCAAUGGAAGAUGUGAGCUCCAAAAGGGCCAGCGACUUCUUACAGAAAUGCGUUAAGCUGGAGGACAAUGAGGGGGAGCCCGCAGCCAAGGAGAUCUUGGAAAUUCAAAGCCUCCCUCUACUCGCUCCGUCCUAUCCUCAGACAGUGCAAGAGGAGAUUUCAAUGGUUUUCAAUACUUGUGCAGUGCCAGCCAAUCUGGGCCCCUGUGCCAGGAGGCGGCGCGAGAAAGCCAACAGCCACGACGGGACCAGCACGUCUCUCUACGUCGACCGCCGGAAGUCCAAAGUGUGGAACUACUACACCAAGCUGGGCGACGCCUACGUGGAAUGCAACGUCUGCAAGAAGCAGCUGUCCUUCCACAACAGCACCACCACCAUGAGAGAGCACCUGGUGCGCAAACACAGCAUCCGUGACACCCUCCUCUCGCAACUGAAGGACGACCAGGUGCCAGACCCCGACUAUGUGGCUCAGGAGAACGCCAUAAAGAGAGCUCGCCAGCUGACCCCCGAGAACAACAAUCCCUACCACGCGGUGACCUGCACGGAACCCAGGACAGACGUGAUUCUGGAACUGGUGCUAGAGAUGAUCUUUCGGGACUUGCAUCCGCUCUCCGUAGUGAAAGACAAAGGUUUUGGCCUCCUCAUUGGCUACUUAGAACCUAGCUUUGUUCUCCCAUCCCCUGUGCAGCUCUCUAGCAUGCUGUGGCAUCGAUACAACGUCGUCAAGCAACACCUAGAACACUACUUGCAGACAGCUCAGUCGAUUGUCCUCUGUGCCGAAUUCUGGCUGUCUCACCCCAACCAGAGGUACUUGACCAUUGUGACGAAUUUUAUUGAUGGAGAGUGGCGGCGGGCCAGGUGCAUCCUGGAGACCCAACAGGUGCACGAGAACAAAGCGGAGAGCAACCUGGGAGAUAGGCUGUACGCGGUCCUCACGGACUUUGGGUUGUCCAACAAAUCGGUCUUCUGCAUGAUGCAUGACAGCCUGCAGGAUCUGGAGGCCAAUUCGUCCCACCUGAAAUGCGUCUACGGCUGGACCAGCCUGUGCUGCGCAGCUCAUUUGCUGCACCUGUGUAUCAAGGCCGGCCUCGAGGUGGAACAGGUGCAGGAAGCGUUGACCGCGGCUCGAAGCAUCGUCCGUUACUUCCAGCAAGACGCCAAGGCCACUUGCUCCCUCAACAGCAAACUAGAAGCCAUCAACAAGACCAAACUGAAGCUGGUGACAGACACCGGGGCUCGGUGGAUAACCACCAUCGAGAUGUGCGAGUGCCUGCUAGACCUCAAGUGGGCCAUCAUGUCCGUUUUGGAGGAACAUCCCAAGGGACCUUUGGUGGUCCAGAAUUUAGCUGAUCACCAGUGGAAGCUCUUGCAGGACCUGGUGCCCGUGAUGAGGACGCUGAAGAUUGCCACGUCAUUCUUGCGAGAAGAACAGAAUUUCUCCAUCUCCUCCCUGAUGCCUUGCAUCCACGGUAUCAUCACCGCCAUCGGACAGCAGUCUGAAGAAGCCAGCGGCAUCAUCAAAAUGGUGGUCAGCAAUAUCAGAGGGGAGCUAACCCAGCGUUGGGGUAUUUUGGAGGAAAAUAAGUUGCUGGAGAGCCCAGCGGUGAUUGCGUCGUUUCUAGAUCCUCGAUUUAAGGAAAUGAGGUUCCUCAGCCCAAGUCUACGGAGCGAGUUGCACAAGAAAGUCAAGGCCAUGUUGUCCCAGUUCUUCAAUCCUCAGACCCCGCCAACCAACCCGUUCUGGGUGCCCAAUUCUGAUUACAAAGCAGAGGUUAACGAAGCAGCCGGCCAGCUAGCCGCUCAUAAGGAGAGAAGUACAAGUGGACAAUCUCAAAGUAUAUAUGAUAUCCUUCUGGGAAAAGACCCUACGGAAAGCAUGCCCGAGAUCCAUCAACAGCUGGAGAACUACAUCGUGGAACCGCUCUGCAAGCGUAGCACUAACCCCUUGGAUUGGUGGAAGAGCAACGAACACCGGUUCCCCUCGGUGGCCCGACUAGCCCGACAAUAUUUGGCUAUACCGGCGACAGUUGUACCUCCAGAUCAGGCCUUUGCUGCUAGCGAAAGUGUGCUGGAGCACCGGAGAGGCGUGCUGGCCCCUGAAAACCUGGACCAAAUUCUUUUCUUGCACCAAAAUUUUGACUUUUUAGAAUCAAUGCGAAAUGGGAACGAGAAUCUGAGUAAGUCUGGGCAUAGCCAGUACUGAAAAACAAACAACCCAGACGUGGGAAGAGCAUAGAAGUCAGCGUGUCCUGAUGUAGCCAAUGCACCAUGAAGGGAGGGAGAGAGGGAGGGAGGAAGAGGAGGAUCAGUUUAAAAAAGGAUGAUUUUCAGGUUACUUUAACCAAACUGGCAGCAGGGUAAUGAGCUCAUCCUUUAAUUUAAAAACCAGUUGUUUCAUUCAAAUAAACUGCCCUGGGUUUCAUUUCCAUCAAUAGGACACGUGUGGGCUAUAUUGCAAGUCAUAAUAAUGGCUAAUAAUCUCGCUUUGAACAGGUUCAUAAAGAUAAAACUCAUAAUGCUUAUUUAUUCUAUUUUAAUCCUAUUUAGCAAAUAAAAGGAUGCAAAGCUAGGAAAGCCCAUUUGGCAAGUAUCUGCCACUGUGUUUGUCUCCGGUCAUUUUCACGGCUCUGCCGUAUCAUUAGGCCCACGUCACACGCUAUCUUCAAAGUGUGGAAACUCUACUUGGUUCUCUACAGUGAGUGUAGAUUAUUAAUUCUAAUUUCAAGAUCUCCCAGAAUACCCUGAAGUUGUCCACAGUGAUUGCAAACGUGAAUGCAAAAAAGCUGGCCACAAUGUACGACGGCAGUGAGCAAACAUGUUUUAAAUUAGUUUUAUGGCUCUGAAGUUAAUGUAAACACAACUGCAGCCGUUUUUUUUUUAAAUGUCCUGCUCUCAGGCAUGUAACUCAAACUACGACAAGACCCCUAUAGAAAGGGAGGUAGACAGCAAUAAUUGAUUGGAGUCUGAAUGAAGAGUCAAGUUCUGAAUGGCCUUAGUAUCCAAUUUACUCGUCCAUUGAUUGAAAAUGCAUUUGUAAUCCUUGUUUCCAUCAUCGAUGGAUGAAGUCAGAAUAAAUGCCAGGAGGAACAGAUUUGUUAUACAGUGGAGCCUCAGUACUCAACUGCUUUGAAACUAACCAAAAACACAUUUCGAUGCGAAAAUUUUGCCCCAGUACUCAUCAUUUGUUUGGUACUCACUGCACAAGCUAGAACUUGUCAUUGUAGGCUUGCCUACAUUAUUCUUAUGGGAAAUUGUUUAGUAGUCAUUGUUUUUGGGACUCAUCGUACCACCCAGAAACAAUUAACAGUGAGUGCCGAGGUACCACUGUAUCUGGCAGGGAGGGGUAAACCCUAGUUCCCUUAAACAGGAUUAGUAGUCCCAUUAAUUUAGGUUGAUGUUCCUCAGUUUUGUUUCCUCCUUCCUAUGUGGGCUUGUCACUUAUGCAAAAUCGUUGUGCAAUAAACUGAAACAAGGUUAACAAGAUAAGCACCGAGUCUAUUGACUUAGAGGAAUAGAUUCAGUGGAUAAAAUAAAUAAAA